AUUUUCUAGUAGCCGGCGUUUCAUCAGCUCAGCCGGCAUUUCACUGUCACCCCGCGGAGGAGAGCCAUCGCGGUGUACUAUUUAUUUAUUUAUUGUCUCUUUCGCUGCCACGGAGUCAAACAUGCUCGGCCUGUGUCUUUACGUCCCCGUGUCCAACUCGGACCCGGUGGAGGUUGAAUAUUUCGAGUCUAAUGGACUUCCGUCGGAGCUGAAGACUCUCUUCAACAGGCUCAGCGUGUUCCUUCCUUCUCAAGAGUUCUCCGCCUACCAGAGGUGGCGAAAGAAAACCUUACCAAGGGAAGAAAAAAACUCUGAUGGACAGCUGGACUUUGAAGAGUUUGUUCACUAUCUGCAAGAUUAUGAGAAGGACCUGAAGCUGGUGGUGCAAAGCCACAACAGGAAGAAUGCAGGACACGUCGAUCCAGAAGAGUUCAUGCAGUCCCUUCAGGACCUCGGUGUGCACAUCUCCCCUCAGCAUGCGAAGAAAGCCCUUAACAGCAUGGACAAGAACGGAAUGAUAACUAUCAGCAGUAACGACUGGUGCAAGUACCCCAUGGUGGAGGAGGCCGACAACAUUCCUGAGAUCAUCCUCUACUGGAAGCACUCCACAAUAUUCGAUGUGGGCGAGAACCUGAUGGUGCCCGAUGAGUUCACGGUGGAGGAGAAGCAGACGGGGAUGUGGUGGAGGCACCUGGUCGCAGGUGGAGGAGCGGGAGCCGUCUCGAGGACCUUCACCGCUCCACUGGAUCGCCUCAAAGUCAUGAUGCAGGUGUACGGGACCCGAGCCAACAACAUGUGCCUCAUGACCGGGAUGAUGCACAUGAUCAAGGAGGGCGGCAUGAGGUCGCUGUGGCGAGGCAACGGCGUGAACGUCAUCAAAAUCGCCCCCGAGUCGGCCCUCAAGUUCAUGGCGUACGAGCAGAUCAAGCAGCUCAUCGGCAGCGAUCGAGCGAGUCUGAACAUCGCGGAGCGGUUUGUGGCGGGUUCCCUGGCGGGAGUCAUCGCCCAGAGCACCAUCUACCCCAUGGAGGUCCUGAAAACGCGCCUCGCUCUGAGGACCACCGGUCAGUACUCGGGCAUCUCGGACUGCGCGAAGCACAUCUUCAGGAGGGAAGGACUGCGGGCGUUUUACAAAGGCUACGUGCCCAACAUGCUGGGCAUCGUCCCCUACGCGGGCAUCGACCUCGCCGUGUACGAGACGCUGAAGAACCACUACCUGCAGAGCUACGGAACCAGCGGCGCCGACCCGAGCAUGGUGGUCCUGCUGUCCUGCGGCACCGUGUCCAGCACCUGCGGUCAGCUGGCCAGUUACCCGCUGGCUCUGGUCCGCACCCGCAUGCAGGCGCAAGCCUUGGUGGAGGGCAGCCAGCAGGUGACCAUGUCCGGCCUCUUCAGGCAGAUCUUGCAGAGCGAGGGCCCCACGGGGCUCUACAGGGGCCUGGCCCCCAACUUCCUCAAGGUCAUCCCCGCCGUCAGCAUCAGCUACGUAGUGUACGAGCGCCUCAAGAAGCAGCUGGGCGUCACGUCGCGCUGAAGCCAAACCUCCCCCCUCCCAGGGCUAAUGGAAGGGAAUCCCGGGGGGGGGUUGUGACCUGGGGGGGUCCGUGCAGCGAUCUCAUUCUGUGAAUGUCAGCUGACGAAACACGAGACAGCGUUUAAAGGCCGAGGUGGAGGAUUUGAUCUCUGUGAGCUCAGGUUGUCGGCAGCGUGACGGCUGCUAUUCACGGUGUUUAUGAAGAGUUUCACGGACACGAGGACGUGAGCCACCGCUUCAUCGGGGACCACGAGGCCUUCUGUCCACAGCUAAUGUUUCGAUUGAAGUCGAUCUGUUUUUGUUUUUUUUGUUUUUUUUUUUAAGAUCCGUCCCAGUCAAUCAUGUUGCGCAACUGCCGCACUCUUUGAGAAGUUUUAUUAAACCGGCCCGCUGCUGAGAAGCUAUUGUGUCUCUACAUGAGAGGAUUUUGCACAUGAGAGUUUGAUCUUUUUCUUUCUCUCCCUCGUUGACCUGAAAAAUCAAAUGGAUGACAGAAUUUCAACUAUUUAUUUCCAUUUGUCCUGUAUUUAUUUUUACUGUCGAAGAGGUUCAUUGCUGUCUGAAAAGCCAAAUGUGUGUGAUUUGAUUAAAAACAAUGCAGUUCUUGUAUCCACUGGGGAGGGGGCGGGGGGGGUCCAGGUAACGGCCUUAUGGACGGGCGAUGUAACACUAAGACAUCUGGGGAAAUGUUGAGCGUUUGGAGCCUGUACUUUAAGUCCUUGAGGUUUGAGGGACGGAUCGUGUUAAUGUGCAUAAGUGUUCUUCCCUUAAGGUAGAAAGUGUCUUAAUGUUCACCUCAGGUUUAAGGGCAAAUGUUUGUUGCAUUUAUACGAAAACGAAGGGCGGCUUAAUGCACUUUAAUUGAUGCUGGAAGGGCUUCUGUUUGAAUGUCAAAUCAAUCAGGUAUUAAGAGUUAAUUCUUUUGUAAAGAAUAUGUUUUAGUCUUGUUUUAAUGGACCAUUUUGAUGAAAAUAAAUGCAAAUUCUUGUAAUUCUGUGUCUUGUCCUUUUUAGGUCUGAAUGUAAUGAAUGACAGUAGUUAUUCUUUACUGUAUGUAGGAGUUGAAAAAUAAAUAA